UGUCUGAAGCCAAAACUAGUUUUUUUUCUAAAAAUUAUUAUGCUUGAAAAUAACCACCGGCAUAAGAUCGGAAGCAGACGUCUCCGAAGUGUCUUGAUAAUUAGUGUACUUGAUGGAAAAUCUUCCAGACGGCAGUUUUUGGAUCCAUCAGUAUGGUAUGCAGCUCGUCUGGCGUAUUCACGGUCGUGUGCAGUCAUGUCAAUGAUUGGAUUUGUACUUGGAUUAGGCGAUCGACACGGAGAAAACAUUUUGAUCGAUGUCACUGAGGGAUGCGUUGUUCAUGUCGAUUUCAACCUGAUUUUCCAUAAAGGAGAAUAUUUACCAGUUCGAGAGGUCGUACCUUUUCGGCUGACUCGAAACAUGGUGAAUGGUUUUGGACCGACAGGAGUCGAAGGCUCUUUCCGAAGGUCUUGUGAAUCAACCUUGAGAGUGAUGAGAGAAAAUAAAGACACGCUAUUGACUGUAAGUUCGUCUGCACUCCUCUACAUAUGGUUAGUUUCGGCUCUGAUUGAGAGUUCGCCGCAAUCAAGACGUGUAGAAGAAGGGAACCGCCAGGCGCCGCUUCCGCGGACUUCUGGCCCUCAAACGGCAUGUAGCACCAUGUGCGAAAGGACCGGUAGGCCAUGGAGGCGAAAAUGGCGAACUCCGCUCAUAUACCCACCAAAUUAUUGCCUCUGGAACUUUGUGUGUUUGCCUGUUUGA